UCUAUUAGCCUUGAUUUUGAGGAUGCUGUAAAGGCACCUUUGGCUUCAUUACCACAAAAUAGUCUAAAACCCUAAGAACUGUGGUAAUGACUAAUAUACUUUUCUGAAAUUAUAUGGAAUUCAAUCAUAAGUCUGUUUAUCGUUUCAUAUAAUUACAAAUCUUGGAUAAUUGCAUGGUGAAUGGCAAUUAUAUGUUCUGCAGUCAGAAGGGUGUAUUUACAGAAGACCAACACUCAUAGUGAUAUUUAUCUGUACUAUUUAAGCCUGUCUACAUGCUGUUGUAAUGCAAUGGAUUGACUCCUAUUCUGUAUGAGUUAAGAUGAAGAGUAAACAUGGGCUGCAUUUUAUACAUUUAAUAAAAAAUUUAAAAAAGAUCAUUUAAAAAAAUCAUUGCAAUUCAGUACCUAAAUUGCACAUCUUAGAUUCAAAUGCUGUAAUAGCUAUAUGUACAAUAUAUUUAAGUGUACAUAGCUAUAAUAUGAAGAAAAGUUUUCAACAAUCGUAACACCUUUGACCCAUUUCCAACUAUCUUUCACUACUCUUGUUUAGAAACACACAAAUAGCGGGUAGCCUAUAAAUGUAUGCGUGCAUUUAUUUUGAGGAACAACUCGUGAAUAAGAUUAGGGUAUAAUUACUAGCCUACUUUAUCAUUUGCGUUUAACGCACGCAAAGCGAAACACCCUCUUAAACAGUUAAACAGCUCUUUCUACAUUUUCUAUACCUUGAACUCAUAAAGGCGGAGCAUUCCGUUUAAGUUAAAAUGUAUAGAUUGUUCAAGCGUUCGAUUAGUUUCAAAUAAAGUUUAAAGUGCUGUAUUCGAAGAGAAGCGCGCGCAGGAAGCUGCUCAGCUGUAUUUCUGUUGGCUGAGUGCAGACCCUGCCCUGAUUGCCUUAUAUCCAUGUGUAUUGACGUGUAGAGAGCAGAUGGAGGCAGAGGGACUGAUCUGAUCUCUAGUUCUCAGAGGUCAUUCUCGCUACAGUUACAGCCACUUGUUGCCAAAUCGCUGAGAGACCGCGAGCGCGUCGCGAAACCGUUUUUAUAAAGAGCUAUUUCUUUGCUUUCACGACACACAUCUAGAUGUUAAGACGGGAAUACAACUACUUCUGACUUUGUUUGGAGAAAAAGGUCACUUUUGAGCAAAUUCUUCGCAUUUGACGGAAGAAGCAUGGUUGACAACACAAGCAUAGCAACUAAAUCUGCACUGCAAGCCGCUUUCUCGUCGGCGAGCACUCUUCCUCUGCUGGUCAGCUCCUCCGGCGCUCACAGUAACUCGAGCGGCGGCAGCGGGAUGAAGCUGGAGGCGGUCAUGGAGAACCUGCAGCGACAGCAGGCGGCUCGACUCGCUCUGGAGGAGAAACUCCGUCAAGCCGAGAAGGGAAAAGGCAUCAGGUCUAUGGUGGAGUCGCAAAUUCAACAGCAAGCUAUCGCUUUCCGCCACUAUCAAGCAGCGGUGAGGGGAGCGUUCGCAGCGGGAGCCCCGAACUCGAGCUCCGGCCACCCACACGAGCGCACAGCCGACUCCGACAUCGACGAUGACGAUGACGACCCGGACCUGGACCGCGGCAUGGAUGAUGAAGACCGCGACUUGGAGGAAGAUGACAGUAUGAACGAGGCUAUAGGGGAUGAAGAUUUGGAAGGACCCCUAGCCCACUAUCCACCGCGCCUUGCUGUUUAUCCCGGUGCCGGGCAGUCUCCAAACAGUACCCCGAUACAUCUGUCCAGAGUCCAGCCAACAUAUCCAGCUCCAAGGCAGGCUGAAUCACCGAGUGGUUUGGCACCACAAGCACAAUCACAGCACCACGAAUGGACUUAUGAGGAGCAGUUCAAACAGUCAGGCCAAGGCAGCGGGCCAGGGAGGAAGCUGAAAGAUUCGAGUGUUGCUUUCGGUGGCGGAGGCUCUUCGUCUCUGAUUCAGGAGCUGUACGAACUGGACGAUGAUGAGAAAAGAAAGGAGUUUCUGGAUGAUCUCUUCAGUUUCAUGCAAAAAAGAGGGACUCCAGUGAAUCGGAUUCCUAUCAUGGCCAAGCAGGUGUUGGAUCUCUACACUCUCUACAAGCUUGUCACCGAAAAAGGCGGCUUAGUGGAAGUCAUCAAUAAGAAAAUAUGGCGCGAGAUUACCAAAGGCCUGAACCUGCCUACCUCCAUCACCAGUGCGGCUUUCACCCUCCGAACACAAUAUAUGAAGUACCUCUAUCCUUAUGAAUGUGAAAAGCAGGGACUGAGCUCUCCCGGGGAGCUUCAGGCAGCUAUCGACAGCAACCGUCGCGAAGGCCGGAGACAGAGUUAUGGCUCCACCCUCUUUAACUACUCCCCCGUGGGCACCCCCACCCUGCUGGCUUCCCCAAAACUCCAGAUGCCCCACAUCAGCAUGCCCACUCCCAACGGCGGGCACAUGACUCAGACCCCUGUUAUCAAGAAAGAGGACUCCCUGCUGUCCAGCUGCCUGACUAACAGGAUGGGCAUCCCUAUGUCUUUGGCCAGUCACCACAAUGCAGCUCAGGCUGCAGCUGCAGCAGCUGUGCAGGCGGCCGCAUUGGAGCAGCUGCGGGAGAAGCUGGAGUCUGGAGAGCCACCGGAGAAGAAAGUGAUGCUCAUGGCAGAGGAGCAGCAGAGGAUAAUGCAACAUGCAUUACAGCAGAAUCUCUUCGCCAUGGCAUCCCAGCUACCCAUGAACAUCAAACUGAACAAUAGAGAUGAUAGACAAGAGACUGCAUUGAACCUGUCUACCAACGGCAUUAGCAGCAUCAACAUGUCAAUAGAAAUAAAUGGGGUUGUCUACACAGGGGUCCUGUUUGCCCGUAAGCCAGCCAUAGGUUUCAUGCCAGGCAGCCAGCGAAUCCAUCACCAACACAGCUCUCAGGGAAAGAGCAGCAGCCCAGGGCUCAGCACCCAGAUGCAGCCGUCCUCCUCUUCCUCCUCCACCGCCUCCUCACACGGACCAGCCACCUCCCCUUGAGCCCACAACACCUCACUCAACUCUCCCCCGACGUCAGAUAAGGCAGAGUCUUUAGGUCACUCUGCUGGACCACCUUUUUCUGUCUCCUUCAAUGUACAAUGUACACUUUCUACUGUUUUUCUAACCCUCCCCCUGCAAUCAGGACACGAGCGUCCAUCACCAAAAAAAACUUCCAUUAAAACAAAAGGCUGAGCACUGCACAUUGGACGUGUGGUACAUUUACAUAUGCAGCAAGUUGCAGCUUGUAAUUUUGUUCUUCUGAGGAUGCGUUAUUCAGUGUGGAACGACUAAAACGUACUGCAUGACAAUGCCACGAACACAAGGAGCGUUGUGUGACGUUUGAGAGGACGAGAGUGAAUGUUGCGUCAGAGCAAGAUUCUUCACUUUCCUACACUGAUCCUGAAGUUUGGGCAUCUUCAUCUUUACCUAUUGCAUUCUUGAAUCAAACAGCAAGAGCUACUAUCAGCUAUUACCAAAGAGAAAAAGUGCAGCAUAUUAGCGGUUUAUUUGAUUAACGUUACAAAAAUUCAUGCAGAGUUUUAUCACCACCGUCACACAUAUCUGAUGCCAUUCAUUGCAGAUGAUCAGAAAGUUACCAAAAUGAAUUAUUAAGCUGAUAUUUUAAAAUAUCUUGAUUUUAAGCAAAGCACAUCCCAUUUAACUUGGGCAUCAAAUAGUCAGGGAGAAUAAGUUAUUUACUGUAUUACUGCUUUAAUAUAUGUUUGUAAAGAAAAGAUAUCAUUAUAUCCAUCAGAGCAAAGUCCGGGAGAAUCAUAAAUGCAAGAUCGGUCAUGUAUAGCUUGAUACGGAGGAAAGCAGACAGGAUCAUGUCUACUAUAUUCUUUCAUGACUGGAAAUAUAUUCCAUUGAUUAGUGAGUUAUUUGGGGAACACUUGUCAACAGUGUUUAAUGAUUUUCCACCAUCUCAGCUCAUGUUUUAUAGCAAAGUGUUCAUUAAAUGGUUAAGUAGAUGGAAAAACAGGUCACACUGGUUAAUACCGGUUUCAGAAGUCGAGGGUCAAAUGAUUUUGUGACGUGUGACUGCGAGCUGGAUGUUGAUCAACCAGAAAACAGAGGCUCUUUAGAAGAAUAUUAUGUGCUGUGAUCACGCUGAAUAUGGCUCAUCUUAGGCAUCAGUUCAUGUUGUGAAUAGAAUCCAGCUUUCAUUACGUUUUCAACAAUGCACUUGCAUUUGAGAGUUCACCUCUCGUUCUUUAUUCCAUUCUCUCUUUUUUUUUUCUUGCUCACACUCAUGUUUAUUUCUUCUUCUUCUCUUUUCUUUUGGAAAGGAAAUGGGAGGAUAUUAUUGUGUCAUUUUUUUUUUUUUUUUUUUAAUUCAGUAGACAAUUUCAAGUUGUAUUUAUUUUUACUUCUAUUCUCUUCCUUUCAUGUUGAAACUUGGGCUGUUUCAGUGCUUUGUGAAACAUCACUUUUAUUUAAAGAAAGAAAAAGUCAUAUUACAGCCCAGUACCUCACAAAUCCUGCAAACCUAUAGACAGAUAAUAGAUUAUGAUAACAAGAUAUACCUCAUUUUUUUUUUUAUUUCUAUUAUUUUUAUUGUGAAGCCACUUGAAAAUGUUUUUUCAACAAAUCACUGGAUUUUUUUUUUUUUUCUAUUUUGUAUUGUUUUACCAAAGAAGGGAAUAUAUAAUGAACACACAUCUACCUCAUUUGUUAUAGACUGUGCCAACAACAUAAUCACAGCAGCCAGUUUUUAAUCAAAGCCUUUCUGGUCCAAAUUCGCUUUUGCUUGCAUGAUUUGUGCUGCAGAACCAGAGGCUGGACCACACAGGGUUCGAAACGGCGUCAGUUGCUUUGCUUGUUCGUUUUUGUCCGUGGCAUUUUUCCUUUACACUCGGGGGGAAAUGAAAUACCAGAAGGAUUCUGUCUCUUCUGAUCUGAUCGAGCUUAUUCUUUACAGUAUCAGUAGAUCUAAAAUACAUCUUAUGAAACAUAUCUCAAGUUAAGCUGCAACCUUGGGCGUUUAGUUAAUUAAAGUGUUUUAGCUUUACGGUUUGCAGCAGUUCCAUCGAUGCCAGUGUUUGAGUCGUAAUUUCUGUUCACAACAUAAUGUGGACUUUCAGAAAAUAUAUAACCUAGUCUAAGUUAAAAGUAACUAAAAAAAUCAGUUUUCUUUUUAUACUGUCUUAAGUGGGUUUUGAAUGAGGAGACGUGCUCAGAACAGGACUUAUUUUUACAAAUACCAAAGAUCUGACAAUAUUCUUGGGUUGACAAUUUCCGACCCAGUGCUGUCAUUCUUAACUUUUAAUCUCAAGCAGCAGAGAAAUGUUUUUAUUUGAUCCUGCUGUGGCAAUUUUAACUUGAUUUUAAGCACUUGGAUCAAAAUGUUUUCAAAAAAAAAAAAAUGAAAUGGCCAAGCUGUAUAUUCAGUUAGUCUCAGUGCACGGAUGGCAAUCUAAGAAUGUAAUAACAGUUUCCAGAGUUUUAACACAUUAACGAUUAAUGAAAUGAGUAAACCUGACCAUCAUUUUGUUGUUGUAUAGGUGCAAGGAUUAAUGGAAAUAUAUAGUCUAUAUUUAUGUGGAAUUACAGAGGGCACAAUCAAUGCACAAUUGUCUGAUUCCUGUUGUUGGAUGUAAUUUACCUCUUGAUCAGCUUCUAUUUUUUCACAGCAGUGGCACAGUCUAUUCCUUCACAUGGCUGUCUGUUCUCUCUUCAGCUCAUGUCACUAGACUGCAGAGAUUUUUAGAAGAGCAAAUCCUGGACGAACUCUGGAGAAGCAAAAAAAAAAAAAACGAAUCAGAGUGAAUCCAUAACCAAAGCUUUUACAAAACCACAUUCACAGGCUUACUAGUGACAAUGUUGGAACAUUUGUUCAUAAAAAGACUAUCAUUUUAAAAAAGAAUCACUCAUGUGCUUAAAGAAUAAUAUGUUGUUUACCUUGUUUAGCUAUGUCAGCGAUGCUAUGCUGGUAGAUUUUAGAUCCUAUUAUACGCUGUGUAUGAAGCUUAUUUUUCUUUUAUUCACUUUGGAUAAAUCCAGUGCAUUAUGGGAAAGCUGGAUUGUGGUGCUCAGGGGUUAAAAAAAGAAGAAAAAAACUGGUGAAAGAUUUUUUUGUUGUUGUUUGUUUGUUUUGCCAUUGACUUGUAGCAUAAUUAGAAAUAAAGUACUGCUUUCCACUUUAA